GGGGGCGGGGCGCCGACGCGUCUUCUUCCGGUGUUGCAUUAUAGAGCGCAGGCGGAUUACUAUCUCGGGGAGGAAAAAAAAGAGGGGGGGGGGCAGGCGAGUUCGCUGCUAUCGUGCCUCGCUAGGCUGUCAUGGCGACUAACAUCGAGCAGAUUUUUCGGUCUUUUGUCCUUAGCAAGUUCCGGGAGAUCCAGGACCAGCAGUUCGGCGGUGGGAAGGUAGGAAGUCAGCACAAUGGUGAAAUAAACUCACCUGACCAAGUGAACCCUUCAGAUGAUACAAUUCCAUCUAUUGGGAAUUUUCAGAAUGAUCCACUGGUGCAGAAAAUAGAACAAGUAUUAUCAGAAGUGUUGGGUACAGAGUCACAAUGCAAACCAGAUGGUGGAGAGAAUAUAGUGAGAACUAAGUCUGCUAAAAGAGGCUUAUCUGAAGAAGUGCAAGAUGAAAUUCCAAGGAAGAAAUCUAAGAAGGAUAAAAAACACAAAGAUAAAAAGAAGAAGAAAAAGAGAAAGAAGGAGAAAAAAGAUAAAAAAUAUAAAAAGCAAUCUAAAGAGGCAAAACUAAAUAUCCAGGAAAAGGAAUGUGGAGACUUGCAGCAUGUUAUUAAUUCAGAACCAGAAAAUUCAGUGGCCGUAUUGAGCUCCGAAGAAGAUGUGGACAUGCAGUUUAUGUCUGCUGUGACACAGAGCUCUGCAUGGAUUCAAGAAAAAAAUGCAUAUGAAAACGUAAACACAGCCAUGUCAAAUUCAAAUGAUACAGAUUCUGAUAGGAACAGAUCAGAUAUGUUGAAAGAAAAUGCUGCUUCAGUUAGUAUUCAAGAGCACAAUAAAGUUGAGCCUGUAAAUGAGAGAGAAUUGAAAAAUGGCCCUUACCAGCCUACCAACACAUCAGUGAAUUUGCUUACAGAAGAUGAGUCUUUAAACAUUGAUGAUGUUGUAGGUGGCAAUACUUUUGUGAUUAGAAGCGGAACAUCUAUGGAUGUAACUGAAGUCAGUAUGGAUCAAACUGAAGUUAGUUCAGUAUUGAAGGCAACAGAAGAAGUAAACGUUCCUGAGAACAGACCACAUUUUCAAGGAGUAGAACAGAGAAAUUUGAAAACCAGUCUGGAGUCUGACAUGUUGGAGGCCAAGAGCUUGAACUUGGUCACAGAAUCUUUAAAUCCACAAAGCAUGAAACAGUCAGUAUCAGCUUCAUCAGAAAUAUAUCUUCAACCUUCUGUUGAGGCCUCUGCAGAAUCCAAAGAUUCAGUGACAACUUUGGGAUUUUUGGCUAUGGUGGUAGGGAAAGAUUUUGAAGCAACUUCAGAAUUUUUGAAUACAGCAAAGGUAAAAGCUUCUGAAAGAAUUCUAAAACAUGCUACAGAAAUGAAAAAUGAUGGUAUUCCUGAUUCUGAAAGACUUGUCACAACACAAGAUUUACAAAACAUUCAACAACUUGACUCUAGCACAGAGUUGAAAGACUUGCCAUCCCCAGAAGCUCAGCAUGGAAGAUUUGAAAAAGGUUUUGAACCCAUCUCAGCAAUAAAACCAAAGCUUCUAGAAGAAGAGUUAAAGAGAACUGUAGAAUCAGAUGCACAAAAAUCCAGGGGUGUAGCUAGUAAUGCUGAGACAGUACCAGGGAUGAGAAAAUUAGAAGACACCCAAGUCUCUGAAAUCAUGGAGUUGAAAGAUUCUGAAAAACAACCAAGACAUCUGCAAACAAUAAUGGAUGAAAAAGAUGUCAGAAGAACACGAGAACUGCAGGUUAGAAACAGGAAAGAUUUAAUAGCAUCUGUCCCAGAUAUAGCAGUAGAAGCAAAGACUUCAGAUACUACUUCAAAAUUUGAAGAGACUGAGAUGAGAUAUUUGAAAACAAGAUCAGAACAUGCAGUACAAACAAAAAAUUGGAAUACUGUUCCAGAGCCUUUUUCAGUAGUGGCAGCAAGGAAUAUAGAUCCUGCUCCAGAAUGUGAAGAAUUUGUGCAAGUGAGUUGUGUGGAAGCAUCUGUGGAGACUGUAAUAGAGGAGAAUGUAAUAACUGAGGUGGAUGUUCCUGAAAGCAUUUCACAGUUUGAACAUGUUCCAGAACUUAAAGAUUUAGAAUCCAUUCCAGAAACUACAGAUAUAGCGAAACCACAACAUCUGGAGAUUUCAAAAUGUAUAAAUGUAAGAGAAGUAGAAAAUGAGCCUGUGGUGAAUCUGAAGAAUUUGAGGAAAGGUUCAGAAACUUCUCUUACCGUGGGAAAUUUGGAAUGUACUUCAGAAUCACAAUAUGUGAAAGACAUCUUACAAUCUGCUACAGUUGCACAGGGAAAAGAUUUUCAAGCCAGUCUAGAGUUGGAAGGGGAGAAAAGAGAGAAAGAUAUUGAUGCUGCUUCAGAUUCGUUGCAUAUGAUAUUUGCAAAUUAUUCAGAACAUAGUCUAGAACUUUAUACAGAACCUACAGCUCAGUCGGCAAAUUUGGAAAGAAUUCCAAAGUCACUUGUCAUGAUGGAUGCAGACAUUAGGGAAGAACGGCAUAUUAGGGAAUCCAAAGAAGUAAAAAGUGUAGAAUCUGAAAUAAAUGAUGGCAUGAAUGAUUUGCAAAAAAAUAUAGAAUUUUUGCAUAGAAAUGAAAAAAAUGUAGGAGCAACGUUGGAGUCUAAAGUAAUGCCAAGUGGAAAAUACUCUGACACUCUCGAAGCUGUGUCUAAGGAAGGGAUAAUGGACACUGUUUCCCAUUUUGUGGCUGGAAUAGAGCAGAGAACCCCUGAUACUCAUGAGCAUGUGGAGAAGAAUCAGCAUGACGCAGAGGCAACAGAUUUGCAUGUUCUAUCAAGAUGUCAGAAAGUGUCUAAAAAAGGGUCCAAAAGCCCAGCAGAAAAUGAGUUAUUUGCUGGAAGCAAAAGUCUAUUGCCCACUUCAGAAUCUUUUCAAGAAACAAAUAUAUUAAAAUCAAGAAUGGUUCCAGAAUUAAAGACUGUAGCAGCCAUACAAGAGUUAAAGGGAACUGUAGAGUUUGCAACAAGGAUGGAUAUGAGCAGUCCUGAGAAAAAACUGGAGUUCAAGAUUUCAAAGUCAAGUAGUCCAAAACAUUUUUCAAAGUUCAUCAGUACUCUAAAACAAGUUGAAUCAGUUGCAGAAUCUCAUGCAGAACAAAAUGUAGAAUCUUUGCAAGAAACAAACACAGACAUCAAGAAGAUAAACUUAGGAUCUGCGUAUGAUUGUGAGAUUAAACAUAUGAGAACAAGUCCAGAAUUUUUGUUUUCAGAUGAGUUAAAUAAUCAGCAAGAAAUACAGAAAUUGGAAGAAAGGACAGAAAUAGCAGGAAUUACGGCAGCCCCAGAAUUUCUGUAUGAUUCAGCAAAUGACCCAAUUAUAGUUUCAGAAUCUAGUAUGAGUCACAAGGUAGUAGAAUCAGAGUACCAUCCAGAUUCUCUGCACCUGGAAAACAUCAAUUCAGAGAACAUCCUAAAACCACUCUACUCAAUUCAAGUGAAAGAUUCCCAAACACUUUUGGAAUCUAAGAUCACUGAUGCAAAAACCUUGGAAACUGAUUCAGGAGCUACUUUUCAAGCAGGUGUAGAAAUUGCAGAUAUUCAAGAAGGUGAAUUGAAAGUACCAUCAGAAGUUAUUUCAGAAUCUCACAAGAAAAAUGAAAUGCUUCUUGGAUUACAUCCUAUAUCAGUGUUGCAAGAGUCUGAUGAAGCAUUUAGGAGUAAAGCACCAACACUUACAAAUUUGGGUGCACAUCCGGAAAUUCUGUGUGUGUUUGAUACUGAAAAUCUGGAAAUACCUCCACAGUGUGAAGAAUUGGGAAUAGUUAAAAAAUCAGCAGGAACCCCACCAUCUCUAUUUGCAGCAGAUAUGGUAGAAAGAAAAUCAUCUUCCUUUAUCUCUGUGGAUGCCAGUGAACAGUUAAAUGCUGCUAAAGCUGCUGAAACAGUUGUGACUACUGAAAAUUCAAAAGCAUCAACUGAAUCUGUGGAUAUGUUGGAAGAAACUUUUGAACCUACUUGCAUGACAAAUCUGAAAGAUUUAGAAGCCAGCCAGAAGUACAAAACACACCCAGAAUCUUUGGGCAGAAAGGAGAUGAAUUCUAUUUACACAGGAUCUUCAACUAGUGUGAAUGGCUCUGAAAUACUUAAAAAUGAAGGCAGACAGAUUUCAGAAAGUGUGCUAAAAGCUGCAGGCAAAGUAGAAGAAAAGUGUUCUGGAAUAGAUUUAGAACCAGAUACAGAAUUGGCAGUAAAAUAUUCUGAAUCCAUUUCUGAGUCAAUAACAGUCUCAGAGAAAGAGGAUGAUGACAUGUCUAUGACUGUGUUCAUGGUAGACGUUACAGAUUUGGAAGCAAGCUCCAGCUGUUUAGAUACAAGACAGACAAGCAGUUUAGAAACAACUAUAUGGAUUGAAACAACUUCCACACCUGUAUGUGUAUUACAGUCCAGGAAUUCAGAUGGUGUGGUAGACUCUGUACCUGUCAUAGAAACAAAAGAUUUAGGACAGGCAGUGAACUCUGAAAAGGAAUUGGGAGUAAAAGAUGCAGUAACCACUGCUGUGCAGUUAAACACACUAGAUUUAGAGUCUUUAAAAUCUGUCUCUGCGGCAGAAGUAACCAGUGGUGCAGGAAUUCUAGACCUAAAAACUAGUCCAACAUGUUUAGAUGCAUCAGAUUUGAAAUGUUCUGGGACAGUUGCAAAGACAAAAGCGUUAGAAGUAAUUGACUCUGAGAUGCAUCUGAAACCAGAAAAUACUUCAGAAGUAAAAUUUCUUGAAACUACUUUGGAAACUGAGUGUGAUGUAGAGAGACAUCAGUACAUAACUGCACCAAUAUCUGAAAACCUGAUAGAGAAAACUUCAAAACCAGUUUCAGAGGUAGUAUGUCUAAGUAAUAUGGAAGAUCUAAAAAGUACUUCAGAACCUAAAUAUAUGGAAACAAUACCCCGUUCAGAAAAGCAAUCACAAUUACAUCUGCACUUUGAGGGAAAAUGCUCAGAAAUCACUGUGGAACAUGCACACAUCUCAGAUUUAAGGAAUACCAGUGCCAAUAUGGAUACAGUGUCUCUUAAAGGAGGAAAAAGUCCAAGACCUACUUCUGAAAUAGUAUCUCUUGUAGAUGUCAAAAGUUCAAAAGCAAAUUCAGAAGUUAUAGUAGAGUUGAAUGAUAAAGAAUUGUUUUUAAAAACUGGAAAUGCUCUGCAAUUUGUGCAUUCAGUAGAAUCAAAAGAUAUUGAUGCAGCUAAUAAGUGUAAGUCUUUGCAGGAGGUAAGAGAUCUCCAGGUUGCAUCAGCAUCAUUAAGUGAAGAAGUACAAAUGGAUUUUGAAGGAAGAGUAAAAACUCUGUUAGCUUUGGCGAGUCAGGAAUUAGAACAAAACUCAACUUCUGGACUUUUGUUAGAAGAAAAGACAUCUAAAGUGACUGUGGAAUCUAGCCAUGCUGUGCAUACAAAUGACACUGAACCUGUUCCUGAAUGUGUAAAUGCAAGAAGUAUAGACAUUUCAGAACAACAUUCAAAAUGCAUGUCUGUAACAGAGGUGAAAGAUCUGGAAAAAACUACAGAACAUGUAUUAGCAGAAGCCGAGAUUUCGGAAGAGCCUUUGAAAUCAGCAAAAGAAAAAGACUUGGGUGGAAUUCCACAUGUUUCUUUGGAUGAGCAAAGUUUAAAAACAGCUGUAAAGCCUGUAUGUACAACAUCAGAUAACCUGGAAAAAACCCAACAGGUACCUUCAAUGUUGAAAGAUUCAGAAAUAGCUUUAGAAUGUGUGCACAGGACAGAGAAGGAUUUGAAAACAAGUGAAAAAGUAUUCUUAGAAGCAAAAGACUCAGAACCAACUGUUGAAUCUGUGCAGAAGGAAAAGAGUAAGGACUUGGAAGUGACUGUAGAGGACUCGUUGACGGAUCAGGAUUCAGAAAGUGCUCCAAAAUCUUUGGACCUAGUGAAGGAAGAUGAAGAAAGUACUUUGAAAGACAAGAAAAGUGAGAAAAGCACCAAAAGUAAAGAUAAAAGUAAGAGUGGUAAAAAAGCAAAGAAAAGUAGAUCAAAAUCCUUGUCCAAGUCAAAAAAACGUAAAAAAAAGUCCAGAUCACGGUCUGUCUCUAGACAAGUAUCAACAAGAAGAGCACGCUCUAGAAGUAAAAAUGAUUCUGAUUCCAAGAAAAAGCAUUCUACCUCUCGUCAUAAGUCUAGAUCAAAAUCUGCUGACAGAAAAGAAGAAAAUGAAUCUUCAGUAAGAUCUAGACGAAGACGUUCACGGAGUCCUGAUCAUCCUAAAUCCAGAUCCAAGUCUGUAGACAGGAGAGAAACUUCUGUAAGGUCAAGGCGGAGGCGGUCCAGAUCAUCUGAUCAUCGGAAGUCUAGAUCCAGAUCUGUUGACAGGAAAGAAUCAGUUAGGAGAAGGAGAAGGUUAUCACAGUCCUCUGAUAAUCACAGAUCUAGAUCCAGAUCAGUUGACAGGAGAGAGACUUUGGUAAGAACAAGGCGGAGACGUUCCAGAUCUUCUGACCAUCGCAAAUCCAGAUCACAAUCAGUUGACAAAAAAGAAACAUCAGUGAGGAGAAGGCGAAGGCGAUCUCUGUCCUCUGAUCAUUGUAAAUCUAGAUCAAGAUCUCUUGACAGAAGAGAAUCCUCAAUUAGAACACGGAGAAGACGGUCCAGAUCCUCUGAUCAUCAUAAAUCUAGAUCCAGAUCAGCUGAUGACAGAAGAGAAUCUUCAGUGAGGACAAGGAGAAGGCGAUCCAGGUCCCCUGAAAUUCACAAGUCUAGGUCCAGAUCUUGUGAAAGAAGGGAGAGUGCCCUGAGGACAAGGCGAAGGAGGUCCAGAUCCUCUGAUAAUCGCAGAUCAAAGUCUAAAUCUGUGGACAAAAGAGAGACCUCAGUGAGGACAAGGCGAAGGCGAUCCAGAUCCUCUGAUAAUCGCAGAUCUAAGUCUAAAUCUGUGGACAAAAGGGAGACUUCAGUUAGGACAAGGCGCAGGCGGUCGAGAUCCUCCGAUAAUCACAGAUCAAGGUCCAAAUCUCUUGACAGAAGAGAAACUUCAAUAAGGCCAAGGCGAAGACUAUCUUUGUCCUCUGAUCGCAAAUCUAGAUCCAAAUCUGUUGAUAAAAGAGAGACUCCAGUCAGGACAAAAAGGAGGCGUUCCAGGUCUUCUGAUAAUCGCAAAUCUAGGUCCAAAUCUAUUGAGAACACAGAAAGUUCAGCAAGGUCAAAAAGAAGACGAUCCAAAUCCCCUGAUCAUAAAUCUGGAAGAAAAUCAGUUGAAAAAGGAGAGCCUCCUGUGAAGUCUAGACGUAGAAGAUCUAAGUCAUCAGAUUGUCAUGUAUCUAGAUCAAAAUCCAGAUCCAAAUCCUCUGAAAGAAAAAAAGACAAAGUUUCUUCAGAUGGGUCACGAGGGAAACACUCCAGAUACAGAUCAAAGUCCAAAUCUGUUGAAAACACUGAGAAAACUGAAUCUGUGGAAGCAACUGUGCAUAAUCGCUCAAGAUCUCCUGAGCAACAUAAAUCCAAAUCUAGAUCUAGAUCCAAAUCCAUAGAUAAAACAGGUGAAAGAGAGAGUUCACGAAGAUCGAGGAGCAAAAGCUCUAAGUCCCCAGAAACCAGAUCUCAUAGACGUAGAACAGUAUCACGAUCUAGGAGGAAUCGCUCUCGAUCAUUGACACGGAAGAGAGUCUCAAGAUCAAAAUCUGAUCAUCGAUCCCGAACACGAUCCCUGACUCGCUCACCAUCACGUUCAAGACGUUGGAAGAGAACUAGAUCAAGGUCAGUGUCAAGACAGCGAUCUUUAUCAAGAGAAAGACGUAGGAGAUCUCGGAGAAAUCGAUCAAGAUCUGUUGACAGGAGGAGGAGGAGAUCUGAUUCAAGAGACAGUUACAGAAUAUCUCUUAGAUUACGUUCCCGAAGCCGAACACCUGCCCGUUUAAGAUGCUCUAGGUCCAUUGGGAGAAGACGAAGCCCCAGUAAAUCACCUGAUCAUCGAAGAUCCAGAUCUUCAAGCAGAUCACCUAAACGUCUAACUGACUUGGACAAGGCACAGCUACUUGAAAUAGCCAAAGCGAAUGCAGCUGCCAUGUGUGCGAAGGCUGGUGUUCCUCUACCACCAAGCCUAAUGCCUGUUAUAACUCCAGAAAAGAAGGAAGAGAAGGUUACACAAAAGUCAGCAAAAGAGACUAUAUUAGAACUCACAGAGAAAUGCAAGAAGAUUGCACAAAGCCAAGAAGAUGAUGUGAUUGUGAAUAAACCUCAUGUGUCUGAUGAAGAGGAGGAAGAGCAUCCUUUUAUUAAUCAUCCCUUUAAACUCAACGAGCCCAAACCUAUUUUUUUCAACUUAACUACUCCAACUAUAAAGCCAGCAGCUCCAAAAAAUCAGGUUACUUUGACAAAGGAGUUUCCUGUCUCUUCUGGAUCUCAACACAGGAAAAAAGAAGCCGAUAGUGCAUAUGGGGAAUGGGUUCCUGUUGAGAAGAACAAGGAUGAGAAGAAAGACGAUGUAUUCCCCAACCCAGCCAGUCUGGAGCCUGUGGACAUCUCAUCAGCGCUGAAUGAGCGGACAAUAGCUCAGAAGAGACUUACAGAAAAUACAUUUGAUCUGGAAGCAAUGUGCUUGUUAAAUCGUGCACAGGAACGGAUUGAUGCCUGGGCUGAGCUGAAUUCCAUACCAGGCCAUUUUACUGGAAGUACUGGAGCGCAAGUCUUAUCUUCAGAACAGUUGUCCAACAGCGGGCCCCAAGCAUGGGUCAAAAAGGAUCAAUUUCUCAGAGCUGCCCCUGUAAGGGGAGGAAUGGGAGCCCAACUCAUGAGAAAGAUGGGAUGGAGAGAAGGGGAAGGCUUGGGAAAGAACAAAGAAGGAAACAAGGAGCCUAUUCUAGUUGACUUCAAAACUGAUCGGAAGGGCUUGGUUGCAGUUGGAGAAAAGACACAGAAGAGACAUGGACCUUUCAGUGCAGUAAAAGAUCUUUCAGGCAAACAUCCAGUUUCAGCUUUGCUAGAAGUCUGUAAUAAAAGAAGAUGGUCACCCCCUGUAUUUGUACUGGUGAAUGAUAAUCGGCCUGAAUAUCGCAAACAUUUCCUUUUUAAGGUGAUGGUCAAUGGAGUUGAAUAUAAGCCAAGCUUUGUCAGUCCUAAUAAGAAGCAUGCUAAAGCUACAGCAGCUACUGUGGCUCUCCAAGCUUUGGGAUUAGUACCAAAGGACCUCUUGGCUAAUGCCACCAACUUUAGGAGUGCCUCACACAACUAAACUAUUGUUUUUAUAUUAGUAUGUCAGAUGUUUUUAUUCUGCACAAAGAACAUUUCUCUGAUUUUGUAAAUACAUAAACUCCUCACUGUAAAAACUGUACAGGCACUGUCAGGCUUUUCUUUUUGUAUACGGAAAAUGUAUUUAAAUCAUUUAGUUUUGGUAUGUAUAUUAUUGAUGUUAGUGAUGUCAUUGUUUCUUAAAUUACUAAAAAAUCAACACAUGAAUCUGAAAGUAUCCAUACUUUCUUUGAAAAUACAAAUCUUACCUUCCCUAUGAAAUAUAAAGUACAACUGUUUUGUACAAUGAUGCAGGUUCCAUAGUUCAGUAAAGUUUAUUAUAAUCAGCAAAGAUGUAUAGACUGAUUCCACAGCAGCUGGCAAUGAAAUUAGACAUGUGUCAGGCCCUGCUUUAUUUGCAAAGAGAAAAUUGGCAGGUUUGCUGGAUGAUGCUAAUGUUGCUGUUUCCUUUGGGGGAAAGAUCUGUACUAAAAUGAGAACCCAGCAUAUCCAGCAACAGAACUGACUACAAUUGCAAUAUAAUCUGCCUGCAUGUUUUGGUAUAAGGAACAUGACAUUGUAAUUUUCUGUCUCAAACACAAUGCCUGAUGUUGAUUGUAUACAUUCAGAUGUUCAGCCUAUAACUGGAUGGGAUGUAGAAUGAUGCUAAUGUUGUACACAGUGUGGUCAAUAAAGCAGCACAAGUUCAUUCUUAUUUACUGACCAAUUAAUAGUUCAUUACGAUUCAAUGAAUUUCUCAUUAGAAAGGGUUCCUUGUAGUGAAUAGGUUUCCUAUUAUAAUUUAUCUUAAAGCUGCUUAUCAACCUUGUAUGUGCUUUAUUAUUUAUCAUAACAGAACUCUUCAGUAAUUUGAAAUACUAACAAGUAACCCAGGUUACUCAAGUAUUCAGAUGCAGAGCUGAAGAUAAUGGAGAACUUUAGGUACUACUGCAGUAAGUAGUUCCCACUAGUGUAAAGUCAUGGUAUUUCAAAAGGGGCAUUUCGUGAUUAAAGUAUUAACUGUACUCAGCAUUCAAGUUUUCUGUGGUAUUGGCUAAAACUUAAUUCACCUGUUUUUAACUAUUGCAUCCUACAGUUUCAUAAAAGUUCUACUUACGCUGGUAUUAGAGUUCUAGAGUGGAAGCAGCAACUAACUCAUCUAUCUUCUAUACCAAAAUGGAACAAUAAAUGGGCAAAACUGAGUAGUACUGUACUUCUGCUAGUAAUUUGGUUGGUACCUCCAUUAGUAUUUUCUCACUAUGGGCAAAUAAAUCAUAAAGGCACUUUAUUCCAAAUGUUAAUUGCAUGCAUUGAAUACAAGGUAAGAUUCAUAAUAAUCCUUGUACAAAGUGUGCCUUGCUUAUUUGAUGCUUCAUGUUGCUGUUGUACAGAACAAUUUCCCAGUGACAUCUUUUGUUUACCACUUCUCACAAACCUAACAAAAGGAAAGAAGCAUGAAGCUGUAAAGCUGCUUUGGCUUGCUUUUAUACUUGGACAUUCAGAACAACAGUGGUUGUCUUUAUUUCUUGUAUGUACCCUUACUAGAGAAGUUAAAAGUACUGUGAUGACAAAGGCAGGAAUGGUAGAAAGAUAAUCAAGAAGUUCCCCCCCUUCCCCUUUUUGUUGUGAUGAUGAGUUUACUACAAUUUUUGUUUUGGCAUCCUGAUAUCAACUCUUUUUGAAGUUGUAAUAUUUCUAUGGUGAUUUGAAUAAAGUCUUCUAACAUGUAAA